UAAAGCGUUUGAGUGAUAUGUUAUGUUGAUGACUGUGGGCGUAAGAAAUUUUGACAACAUUUAUAGAUUUUCUGACAUUCGACGAACAAAUCGUACACUUUAUAAUGUUCAAACGGUUGCUCAAAAAGGACUCAGAAAAGCCCAUCCCAGCAAGUAGCACAUUGGAAGCUGAGGGCUUUCUUUGUCCAGCAUGCAUGAAAAACUUCUCUACCGCAGAUGCUCUUCAGCAGCAUUUUGAAAAUGAGCACAGCGCUGGGGUUUCAUUGGAGACAUCUGAUUCUGGGGAGACAGAUAUCCAUGAUCAUAAGGUGUCUGAGAACAGAGAUGGAGACGUGUUUGCUCUGAGGAGAGAAAAUGAGGACUUGCGUAAGGCUCUGUCGGGUAAAUCAGGAAAGAAACCUUCAAAAGCAUUGUCAGCUGAGGACCAGGAUGAGUUGGAGAUGAUGAAACUACAGCUGCGUGGCUCUGAAGAGGCCAGGACUCUCUUGAGUUCAGAGGUUCAUCAUUUGCAAGUGAAGAUUGCAGAGCUUUCAUCAGAAGUCGAUUCAUUGCGCGAAGAAAAAAAUCAGUAUCAGAACAAAGCAGCUGAAUUGUCCACUGUGGCAGUAAACGCAAGAGCAAAGGCUGACGAAUAUGAGGGACAGAAAGGAGCUCUGCAAGACCACCUUAACUCUCUGAAGCAACAAAUUGAGGCAAAAGAGCAGUAUGUUACUGCGUUGGAAACUCAGCUGUCUCAGAGACCUGGCACAGAAGAUGUAGCAGUACUGAAGAAGGAGCUUAUAUCUGUUCAGACACUUAUGGACAAAGUGGCGCUCGAACAAGAGAAUGAGAAAGAACUUUUCAAAGCUGAGUGUCUUGAACUUAAAAAACAGAAAGCUCAGGCUGAGGAAGAGAUAAAACAACUCAAAGAACAGCUCGCAAAUGCACCAAAAGCAGCAGAUAUCUCCAGAUACGAAGAACAAAUAAAGAAACUGGAAGCAUUGUUGGAGAAAGCCCCAAAAGUGGAAGAGUUUGCAAGGCUAGAGACGUCAUUGAAGAAAGCUGAAGAUGUUAGUAAGCAGCUGGAGCUGAGACUGACCAAUCAGGAGACAGAGAUGAAAGCAUUGCUAGAGAAACAGGGGCAGAUGAGCCAAAAGCUAGAAGACUCACAGCGAGUUUUGCAAGAACGCGACUCUUCAAUCGCAAAACUGAAAGUCAAGCUGGAGAAUGCAGGAACAGAACAUAAGCAGCUGCAGACAACAUCGAAUAGCAAACAGCAGGAACUGACGGUGAGGCUGGAAGAGCUUCGUAGAGAACUCGAGGAGAGAUCUCAUGAACAGGCAAAAGUAAAGUCUGAGAAGGAGCAACUGCAGGCCAAGGUCAAGGAGUUCCAGAACAAGGAACAGAAUAUUACGACAUCAUUAGACGAGACAAGCAAACAGAUGAGGGACAAAGAGAAUGCCAUUAGCAGACUAGAAGCAGAGAUUGGGAAGCUGAAAGCAGACAAGAAACAACUGGAAAGUGAUAUAAGCAGCUCAAAGAAACAGGUGGAAGCUCUUCAAUCUUCUGUGAAGGAAGGUGAGGACAGGAUGGAGAUGAUGAAAGCAGAGCUCGAGAAAUCUGCCUUGGAACUUAAGCAGGCUCAGAAUCAGAUUGUCAUGAAGGACGAGCAGUUGAUACAUGUACAGGACACAAUGCUUAAGGGCCAAGAAAAGAGUCAAACAGUUCAUCAGCAGCUUCAAGACAAAGCCGUAAAAAUCUCAGAACUUUCCAACCAAGUGGACAAAUUGACAGGAGAUGUGGAAGCCUUGACUACAGAGCUGGAAUAUUCAAGCAACAAAUUGAAAGAGAGUUUAACUGUGAACAAAGAAUUUCAAGAGAAAUUAGAAGCAGAGAAACGUAUUACACUCUCACUGGAGAAAGAGAAGGCUGAGUUAAACAUGAAUCACCAGAAAGAGAUCCAUGAGAAACAACUGGUGUUAAAAGGCCUGACUGUUGACAUUGAAAAGCUUCAGAGUCAGUUGGAUGUAAGUAAGGAGAACAUCAAUGGGCUGAAUAAGACAGUCACUAGUCUAAAGGAGCAGCUGCAGACACAGGUUACAGUAGCAGAAGAACUUAAAACAGAGAUUAGAGAAUUAAGCAGCCAACUAGAGGAAGGAAAGCGAUUACUCAAUGACAGAGAUGCCAGCAUUCUAGACCUGACAGGCCAGUUAGGUGGCUUGAAAACUGAGAUACAACACUUAGGGAAUGAGCGAUCUGAUUUGAUUGCUAAGAUAGAGGCAGGGGAAGGAGUUGAGACAGCCAUCAACCAGCUCAAGGAAGAAAAGAAAAAUCUUAAAGAGAAGAUCAAUCAGUUGGAGACAACUUUGCAAAACCAGUCUGCAGAGAGCAGAAACCAUUCUGAGGAAAUGCACCGCACUAUGCAGCAACUGAAAUCAGAACUGCACGUGUCACAUGACCAGUGCGAGAAAAUGAAAACGAGGUUGGCUGAGCAGAUGGAAAAAUUGACGUCUGCUAAUGAAAAAGCUGUUAGUCUGGAGUCAGCAGUGUCAAAUAAGAUGGAGCUGUUGGCAGAAAGUGAGGCGUCUAAAGCAAGCCAGAAGGUUGAUCUGGAGGGGCAGAUAACUGCCUUACAGACAGCACUGGAGGGGAGGACAGGGGAAGUCACCAGGCUUGAGCAGCAACUUGCUGAGAGUGAGGAUGAAAGCACUAAAAAUUGUCAAAGAAUAUCCGAGUUUGAGGCGCAAAUGAAAUCCAUGGAGACCAAAGGGAAAGAACUCUUGCAGAAGUACAAUUCUCUUGACAGGCAACACACUGAUAUGACAGAGGAACUAACAUCGCUGAGAAUGGAGCACUCAGCGUUGCAGAAGGAACUUGAAGAAAUGGUAAAGUUAGCAGAAGUCAGACGACAAGAGCUUCUGCAGACGCAACUCAACCUGACACAUGUUAGCGAGGCCAGGGAUUCUGAAGUUACCUCCCUUAGGAAGAAGGUCACAAAGGUGAAGGACAAACUGGAUAAAAUGAGGACAGAAAGAGACGAAAAGGUUGCUGAGCUGGGAGCCAGCAGGAAGCAGACGGAUGAGUUGCAGACAACACUGACCUCCACCCAGCAGACACUGCAGCAGACCCGUCUGGAUCUGGAGCAGACUGGAAACAACAUGAACAAGAGUUCCAGAGAAUACACAACAAAAAUAAGUGAGUUGGAAGAACAGCUGAAAACCGUUCAGGCAGAUUCAGAGGAAACACAGCAGCAACUUAAACAUCAGUUGGCCACAGUUGAUAGUGACAGAGUGAAGGUUCUUGGUGAAAAAUCUCAACUACAAGAAAGGUUUACUUCCCUUGAGUCUGAAAGGUCUGAGAAAGAAACAGAAUUUCAGGAAAGAAUUGACAGUCUUACAGCAGAAAAUGAUAAACUCGAUUCCACUUUGUCAGAUUCACAGAAGAAAAUUCAGGAAAUGGAAUUAGAACAUAAAUCUACAGUGGACAGACUACAACAACUUUGUGCUCAAAAUAACGAGACGUUAACAAUUAAGGAACAACUUGCAACAGACCUCAGUGGGCAGUUAAAAGAACUUCAAGAUUGUCUUAAGGUGGCACAAGAAAAAAAGGAUGCUCUUCAGACUAAGUUGUCAGGGGAAAAGGCAGAGAAAGAUCAAAUGACUGAGGAGCUGAAGAAUAAACAAGAAGACCUAAGUCUGUUACAGGCAAAACUACAGCAAGUUGAGGCAAGCAUGUCUGAAGUGACAGUGAAAUUAAAACAAACUGAACAAGAACUAUCAGCCAGGGUUGAAGAACUCAGCAGUGCAAAAGGCAGCAUGGAAACUACUGAAUUGACUCGUUUGGAAGUAGAAACAAAAUAUAAGGCAACUGAUACGGAAUUGGCAAUCACAAAACAAAAAGUGGAGGACCUUACCAAGGAAUUAUGUGAUUUAAAGGAGGUAAAUGAAAAAGUUAAUAGUGAAAAGCAACAGGUUACAGAAAAGUUGAAUUUAACAAUUGAAGAAUUGGAUCAAUUUAGAGCUGAUAUUAAAGCAUUGAAAGACGAGCAUGAUUCCAAAAUUUCAGAACUAAGUUUGGUGAAUUUGGCAUUACGUGAGAAGACCGCAGAAUGUGAUCAUUUGAAAGAAAGCGUUGAUACUGUUAACAAUAAGUGUAAAGAAUAUGAGGAAAAUGUUAGAGGAUUGGAAGAGGAAUUAAAGGAAAAAACCUCUGUGCUUCAAAGCAAAGAAACACAUGUGAAUGAAAUAACUCACAAGUUGGCAGAAGCUAAUGACAAACUAGAAAACACUAAAGAAGAGCUGAGUUUGUGUAAAGAACAGCUACAGGCAGUGGGCGAGGAUUUGAAAGCAAGUGUGAAUUCUGCUGAAGAACUGAAAAAAAGACUGAAUACAUCAGAAGUAGAGAGUAAAGCCAAACUAGUAGAAACUGAGGGACAACUUAAAGCUCUGCAAGCUCAACACAGUAAACUUGCUGAGGAACUCAAUGAGGCAACUGAGCGAGAGAGGGAUCUCAAUAACUCCUUUGAUGAAAUCAGUGAGGUCCGCAAUGCUAUGAACGCUCAGAUGGUGAAGCUAGACCAAGAGUUGAACGAGGCAAGGGCCACCAAAGAUGAACUGAUUAAAUACAAGAAUCAGGCAGAACCAGAGCUGGAGUCACUGAGGAGGGAGACAGAGCUGCUUCAGGCACUCAAAGAGUCUAAUGAAGAAGACAUGAGGAGCCUGAAAGCUUCCCUGGAGCAUGAGAAGGCUGCCAGAAAACAGGCAAUUAAAGAGCUUGAGGAAGGGAGGACCAUCCUGAUAUCUCAGAAGGUGGAGAUGAAGAAUGAGCUGGACGCCAUGGCAACCAAGAUGGCUGCAGCAGAAGACUCAGUGGAGCGAGCCAGACAUGAGAUGGGACAGAAUCAGACAGCACUGAGGGCAGAGAAUGAAGCUCUUCAGGCACAAAUGAGGGAGAGACAGAAAAAGGUGGAUGACCUGCAGAGACAGCUGGACGAGGAGUCGGCUCGCACCGAGAUGCAGCUGUCUGUGCUGAACGAGAAUCUUGGUACGGUGCGUGCAGACCUCAGCACUGCACAAACACAGGUUGCAGAACUGACAAAACUGUGUGACGAAUUGAAAGGAGAGAAACUCGCUCUAGAAGCCAAGCUGGACAACAAUAAUGAUGAGCGCAGGAUGUUGCUAGAACGGUGCUUAAAGAGUGAGACAGAAUUCGAGAAGCUUCAACAGAAGAACCAGGAGUUGAAACGCAAAGUGGACGACAUGACCACUGCCCUGCAUGAGAUGGGCAGAGAAAACCAGUCACUUCAGAUUACCACCACAAAGGUCCAGAGCAGAAAGUGGGCAGACGAUAAUGAGGUCAAAGAGUGUAUCUGCGGAAAAAAGUUUUCUGUCACAGUGAGAAAGCACCACUGUAGGAGUUGCGGAGAAAUCUUCUGCAACGAGUGCUCAUCGCGUGAGGCAAAAAUAGCUAUGUUUCCGAAACCAGUGCGAGUGUGCCAGACAUGCUACGAUGAUCUGGCAUAAUGGAAGCGAAAUAGCAUUUGGCAACUGGCCAGAAUGGUUGAGUGAAAAGUGGAGCUUUGUGCUUCAUGAAAGCUCUACAAUUGGAAUUGUAUUGAAUUUAGAAACCCGAUGUGCCCCCUAAAUAAUGGAUUACCGGUAGUCACAUCCAAUUGUCAGAUGUGUACCAGUGGAUUUGUGUUCAUUUGGCAGCGGUUUAACGAAUGAUUUUAAUAAUAUAGAUACCCAAAUUUGCUAUAAAUGUUCAUAAGCAAUAGCAUUAAUUGAUGAUAGUUUAUAUUCGAUUAAUUGAAUACUUACAUGCACAAAGACGAAUAUUAACACAUUAUUUCUGAAUCUCAGUUGUAAACAAAUUAUGUAAUGAUUUCACACUCAUGUUAUAAAUUAAUUCUUAAAAAUAAAUAAACUGUUUAGUGUGCAAUUUAGGUUUGGGUUUUCCAACUAAUAAUUAAUAUAUUAAUUUAUCACAUGAAUAUUUUUUUUACCAUGAUGUAAUGAUUGCACAAUUACAAUAACAUUUUACAAGUUUUAGUUCUAUAUACUGAUUCAUCAAGAAUAUUGACUUCUCCUUAUAUACCUGGAGAAUUGUUUACUUGUACGGUAAUUACAAUAUAAUAAGGUAAUAUUUUCUGAAUUUAACAUUUUGUUAAGCUGAGACUUAUGAGAAUGGAAAGUGUACUUGUAUGAGGUGAUUGAUCUGUUUGUCAAAAUAAAUGUAACUGUUGAUUUAUUAUAUAAAUAUAUUUUAUCAUUCCGUUUAACAUUAGUUUUUGUAGAUUGACCAGUAUUCAACAAUACGUUUGUUGUGCCAUUAUUCAUAUUAAUAUAUCAAAUCAGACCAAGCUAUGAAUACUGUGCAACCCAAUGUGGGUUGUAUAUACAGUUUAAUUGCUAAUAAAUGAUAAAAGGUGCGAGUGUGUCUCUUCUAAGUCCAUAUAUAUCUAACUGCGUGAAUGUAAAGUGUACAUUUUUUUGUGAAAGGUUUGUUUCAUGUUUGAUUUUUACAAAUACAUUCCUUACCAGUUUGACACUUACUGAUGUGAGUGUUCAAACCAAUGUGUCAGCUAAGAUUAAAUGUUUUACAUAGUUAUGAAGUUUUUUUAAGCUGGACUCCAUCAUAACAUACUUCUUACCAGAUUGAGUUUCCUUUUAUUUCAUAUAUGUUUUGUGAAGAUUCUUGCUUAGCUUAUAUUUUAUCACCGGCCAAAGGCAGAGAGGUAUAGAAUUGCAGAUGUCUGCCCGUCAGUCCGUCUGUCUGUCACAAACUUUUCAGGGCUAUAUCUCAGAAAAUAUAUAAGAUGUCAACAUGAAACUUUAUGGGUGUAUAGAUAUCAAUGGGAAGUGCCAUGCACAAGAAUUAUAACCCUACACGUACUUAAAUAGGCGUUGUUGCCCUUUGAUGUUUUUUGUUUGAUGUAACUGUUCAGGGGCUAUAUCUCAGACACCAUACAAGAUUUCAGCAUCAAACUUAAUCGGUGUAUAGAUAUCAAUGGGGAGAGGUGCAACUGAGGAGAAUUGCUUUGCAUAAUUACAAAAACCCUUCGCCUUCCUUAAUAAGAGUUAUUGCCAUUUGUUGUUCUUGUAUGAUGUAACUUCUCAGGGCUAUAUAUAUCAGGUAUGAUGCAAGAUUUCAUCAUGAAACUUUGUGGGUGUAUAUAAUGAGGGGAAUUAAAAUGCAUAAAAUAAUAACCCUACACCUAAUUAUGUUUUUUAGGAUUAUACCCUAUAUCAAGGGAUUUGCAACCAUCAAUAAACACAUUCAUAAACAGAAUUUAUUUUUAUUUUUUUUUGAGGGGGGGGGAUAUCAAUUUAACCAAUUUGUUUGUCCUUCAUUAUUAGUUUAAUAAUACAAAUCUACACGGUAACAUAUGAUCAAACGAAAAUUGUAAUGAUAAUGUGAAUUAAUGAAAAAAUGAUAAUUAAUGAGUUUUGACAAAAACUUAAACCAUUAUAAUUAUAAUAUUAAAGGUUCAACUCCUUUUACUUUCGAAGGUUGUACAUUUUAAUACAAUGGUUGCUAUAGUAUUUUAGUAUGAUGAAACACAAUUUACUGCUUCACACAAUGUGCUGUACAUGAAGUUACAACAUUCCAGUUUGGUUAUGGGUCUGAAUUGGCAUUGAGUUAAAUAGAUGAAAGAGAAGUUUACAAACAUACACUGUACAUGUAGAGGGUAAUAGAAACUAUGCAAAAUAUAUAAAUAAAUUAUGCAACUUGUUCACAAAACAAAAUUGUGUAGUAUAAAUAGAUAUGUUAAAAAUAUGUUGGCUGACUGCUGAAGCACUGUGAUAUAAUAGCUUAUAAUAGCUUUAUUUUAUUACACUAUGUUAUAUGAGAGAAUAUAUAACAUUAUGUACAUAAUUAUCAUGUUACAGAAUAUGUUUUAUGAUUAUUAUAUCACUUGUAUUAAAGUUUCUAAUCAUGUAUUUGCUUUAAAUUAUAUGCAAUUAUAUGCAAACAAUAAAAGUAUAAAAUGU